UUUGAGGAGACUUUUGCCCCAGUAGCCCAUAUGCAUACUGUGCGCACUUUAGUUGUUGUUGCUGCUGUUCGUGGUUGGUCCCUUCAUCAGCUUGAUGUGAAGAACGCGUUUCUUCAUGGGGACUUGAAGGAGGAAGUUUACAUGACUCCUCCUCCCGGCCUUCGGGUGCCUCCAGGGUCUGUUUGUCGUCUUCGGCGCGCUCUUUAUGGCCUCAAACAGGCUCCACGGGCCUGGUUUGAGCGGUUCAGUACAGUAGUUGAGGCUGCUGGUUUUACCCCCAGCAUACAUGACCCGGCAGUCUUCAUUCACUCUUCCUCUCGUGGGCAGACCAUUCUUCUUCUAUAUGUAGAUGAUAUGAUCAUUACCGGUGAUGAUUCUGCUCACAUUACCUUUGUGAAGCAGAAGUUAUGUGAGACUUUCUUGAUGACUGAUUUAGGUCCACUUCGUUAUUUCUUGGGUAUCGAGAUUACUUCUCAUCCUGAUGGAUACCGUCUUUCUCAGCAGCGUUAUACUCACGACCUACUUGCUCGCUCUGGUUUGACUGAUACCCGUAUUGUUGCUACACCGAUGGAGUUACAUUUGCAGCUUCGUGCUUCUGAUGGCAUUCUCUUAUCUAAUCCUUCUCGCUAUAGACAUCUGGUUGGCAGUUUGGUUUAUUUAGCCGUCACCCAUCCAAAUAUUUCCCAUGCAAUUCACAUCCUCAGUCAGUUUGUUGCGGCACCAACUUCUGUUCAUUAUGUUCAUCUUAUUCGGGUACUACGAUAUCUUCGUGGCACUGUAUCUCGUGGUCUGUUCUACUCACGUCAGUCCACUCUUCAGUUGCAGGCCUAUUCUGAUGCUACCUGGGCCAGUUCUCCUGAUGAUCGAGUCUCUGUCACUGGCUACUGUAUCUUUCUUGGUUCUUCUCUUGUUGUUUGGAAGACCAAGAAACAACCUACUGUUGCCAAGUCUAGUGCUGAGGCUGAGGUUCGUGCAUUGGCUUCUACCAUCCAGGAGGUGCUUUGGCUGCGUUCGAUUCUACAGGACUUUGGUGUACCGAUUACAUCUCCCAUUCCUAUUCAUUGUGACAGUACUGGCGCCCUUCAGAUUGCUGCAAAUCCAGUUAAACAUGAGCUGACCAAACAUAUUGGUGUGGAUGCACACUUCACCCGAUGCCAUGUACGUGCCCAGACUGUAUCACUUCACUAUCUUCCUACAGAGGUUCAGGUGGCUGAUUUCUUUACCAAGGCGCAAACAUGUGAUCAGCAUUUAUUCAUGUUGUCCAAACUCAAGACGUACGAUCUGCCUUGAGUUUGAGGGGGGGUGUUACAUGUAUACAUGUAUGUACAUAUGUAUAUAUAUACAGUUGUUGUUAGGUAUACUAGUAUUAUUAUCUUCUAUAUGUACCCAAGGUGUUACUUGUUUCAUUAUUCAUUGAAUGAGGAUCUAUUCUUCUCUAUCUUCUAUCUUC